AUUGGCAUUUUCUUAUUAAAAAAAAUGUUUUUGCAAGAUUUUAUUAUUGUAAAAAAUGUCAAACAGCAAUGUUGCCAACAUUACCAUCAAAUAACAUAAAAUCACUGCCAUCAGACUCAAAAAAAAUAAUGGCUAAUGCUUAUGAAAAUUAUUUGAGAAGUGUAAAUGCUAAUAAAAAUUUACAAGAUCGACUUCCUGGGAAGUAUAAGGAAAAGUUAAAUUACCUCAAGCAGCUAAUUCGGGAAUACGUCCACGAAAAUGCGGCUUUAGUUGAUGAAUUAGAAGAAGUACAAACUAAAAUAAUUAUUAGGCAAGAGGAACGUAAAUUUCUUUUGCGUAAAUUGUGUGAAUAUGAACCGCAGGUGGCUGCAGAAGUCCAAAAUUUGGCAAAAGCUGGAUCCAAUCAGACUGCAUGUAUAGACACUAAAAAAGGAAAAAAACGCCCCAAUGUCGACCCCGACAGGAAGUCAAAAUCACGGAAAAACUGCAGAGCACGUAAAAAAAUCGUCCAACCUAUUCCUCUAGAUAAUACAGGACGUCCAAUAUUUCCCAUUGAACUAGGGAAUCUCACCAUACAUUGCUUAGGUGAAGUUGUAUCAGACAGGAUAGAAUUUCAUUCAGAAGAUGUGAUUUAUCCAGUUGGUUUUAUUUCUACUAGAAAUUACGGUAGUUUGGACGACCCCACAGUGAAAUGUAUUUAUAGUUGCAAAAUUUCUGAAGUUAACGGCUUGCCAAGAUUUGAAAUUGAAAUGGAUGACAAUUCGAACCCCAUCAUAGGAGACACUCCUGAUGUGUGUCACUCCCUACUUCUCCAAAAAAUCAACGAUGCUCUCUCCUUAAAUGUGGUGAGCACAAGACCCAGAGGAAACGAUUUCUUUGGUCUUUCCCACCCCACAGUAUUAAACCUUUUGCAAAGCUUCCCUGGAAGUCGCAAAUGCGUGAACUACAAAUGGAACAAGUUUGAAGUAUCGCGAAGUGGGGACAUAUACACUGAAGACAAUGAUGCAGCCCUCAGUUACGAAUAUUUGCAAAGAAGUAUUAAUUUCUGUAAAUAUAAAAUGGCACCUGACAUACUCCAGAAACCAUCAGAUGAGUUUAUAGAUCAUAAGGAGAAAUUGCACGAUUACUUAUUAAAUAAUUAAGUUUAUUUCAAUAAAAUAUCAAGGUAAAAAAUCAA